AUGGCAGGAGUAAGGAUAUUAAUGCUAACCCUCGGAGUGUUGAUGUUUGUGUGCCUCUGGGGAGCUACCGAGGCUGUAGGUGGUGCAAAGAGUCGGCCGAGACCCCAACGACGACCUCGCAAGAAGCCAAAGGUCGACCCUAUAGAUGUGACACCGCCUCAAAAGAAUGUAGACAUACAACAGAUGACAGGGACAUGGUACUUGCUCAACAUGGCUUCCAAAUGCUCCUAUCUAAUCAAUCACGGCACCAAAGUGGAACCGACACUCAUGACCCUCACAAUGUCCCCCACCUCAGACCAAUCACUGUUAGUUAAUACUAAAACUCGUCAUAAUCAUCAGUGUUGGGAAAUAAUGCAGAUGUACCAUUUAACUUCAACACCAGGACGGUUGACACUUCCAGGAACUCACCCUGACCUGAACAUCGAUAUCGUCAUUGGAGAAACAGAUUACACCUCCUAUGCCAUCAUGUAUUAUCAGAAACGAGGCAAGAUCACCAUGAAACUCUAUGGAAGGUCAGUUGACAAUCUAUUAGAACCAUUGCUGACCAAGUUUGAGCAACUUGCUGAAAAACAAGCUUUGGGACUGGCGUACCUUUUCCCGUUCCCUACCUACAGUCACUGUGGUGAUGUUGACCAGCAUCACAAAAUCAACUGUGUCCCUACAUGCUGA